ACUAAACUACUGACACUAAAUCAACGCAAGACAAACGGAGGAUGUGUUUUGCAUGGCUGAAUUUUGCGAUAACAAAACUUCAAGUAUAAAUUAUAACCGUCCGGAUUAAACUUGUUAAAACAAGAAAUUAGACACUAUCUCACGGGCAUGCUAGUUAGGAAUAACUUCAAGAUGUGGUUGUGGCUGCUGCUAAUUCUUCCAACCUGCCUGGCAGACACGCCCAGCAAAUCAGCACACAGCCUUGAGACACAUCCUCACGUGGAUAUCAAGCCUCUGGAAACCACCCACAAUGUCAACCCUCUGGUGAAAGGGGUUCAUCUUGGGCACGAAACGGACGAAAAGCACCCACAAAGGCACCUACUUCCGGUCAUCCACAAGGGCGACUUCGGGGGUCAUGGAUCCAAUGUUCUUCAGCCGAAGAAAGGAAAAAGUAAACUGGCGAAACUUGACAAGUUGAAACUGAAAAGGAAACGUAAGCAGUGGAGAUUAAAGAAAAGGCUGGAGAAAAAGAGACGACAGCAGCCGGUGCCGGUAAGUAAAGCAAUCAGGGAUGCGGCGAAGGAGGUGAAGAAACAACCAAAAGCGCUGACCAAGAGCAUCAACAGUUUAAAGAAGAAACCGCGAAUGUUGAAAAGUAAAGCGCUUCGGAGAAAACAUGCAAGGGCCCGGAAAAUCAAAGGGAAGAAGGUGAAGAAGGCUAUGCGUGAUCUGAAGGCGAAGGCUACAAAGAAACAACCAAAAGCGAUGACCAAGAGCAUCAACAGUUUAAAGAAGAAACCGAGAAUGUUGAAAAGUAAAGCGCUUCGGCGAAAACAUGCAAGGGCCCGGAAAAUCAAAGGGAAAAAGGUGAAGAAGGCUAUGCGUGAUCUGAAGGCGAAGGCUACAAAGAAACAACCGAAAGCGCUGACCAAGAGCAUGAAGAAACCGCGAAAGUUGAAAAGUAAAGCGCUUCGGAGAAAACUUGCAAGAGCACUGAAAAUCAAAAGGAAGAAGGGGAAGAAAGUAAAGGGAGGUCUCAAAAAACUAAAAAGUAAAACAACAGAUCUUAAAAAGAAGCAGCUACGUAGCGGAGGCGUACGGUUCCGUGGCCGUCAGAGAAUCACCGUGAAUCGGGGGCGACCGGUUCAACACGAGGUGAACGACAACCUGGCCGCGGACGGCCGGACGCAUACGUACAGAACGGAGGGACGCAAUGGAAGGGUGCGAUCUAAGAUGCACGUGACUGUCAGCCGGAACAGGGGCGGUCGCCGUAGAGGGCGUAAAUCGCGGACGAAGGAAACGCAUUAGAAAUAUAGAAAUAUAGAAAUACGUUUAGAUUUAUGGAAUAGCGUGCAUAUUGAAAAUAUAUUUUUCGAAACAUAAUUAUAUAAAAUAUAAAGUGUUUCAAAUAUAUGGUUAAACCAAAGACAUUCUUGCUGGUUUUCCUUAAACCAACGUGCGGACUUGACUUGACACCGCUGCUGAUGCAUAAUAUUUUACAAGUCAACAAUUUACUUUUUAGAAUGUCUUGAAAGUGAUUAUCAUAAUGCGUGUAGUGUGUCUAUAUGAAUGUUUCAGAUACAGGAUUUUUCUAUCAAUCAUUUUAUAAACUACCAUCCCAACUUGCAACGAUAAUUAGCUUCAUUUGCAUACACUGUGUUAGGUAAAAACUCAAGUAGUAUUUAUUAAUGUGUCUACAGCCUUAAGGCAAACAGUCAGACUCUUAAAGCUUCACUCUCACAAAUAUACCGUUUAAACAACUUUUUUUAUUGUUUGUCUUGGAAAGAGCAAAUGUUAGCGUAACUAUCUGCAAACCAAUCAUAAAAUAUUGCUGUAAAAAUCCGAUCGCAGAUUUUCAUAUUUCCGUUCGAAAAUUAAUGUUUUAUAACUUAAACCGUCACUAACGGUUUAAGAAAAAUGCAUAAAACAUUAUUUUUGAACUUAGAACAUAAACAAGUUGUCAAAACGUUCAAUCUGUGAGAGUGCAGUUUUAAGGUGAACGAAAUAAUUCAGACGCUUAGGCGUAGUUCAUUACAAUAAUUGCUUGUUAAUAACUAUGAAAAAUGUUAAUGGUAUUUUUGUGUAUGUUUAUAAGUAAUCUGUUUUUUGUUUUAUAAUAAAUGAAUGACAUACAUGU